AAAACUAUUGCAGGACUAGGAACACUGGAAUUGCAAAUCACAAGUUUAGACGGAUUUCAAAUGUCUUCUGCAUGUCUUCUAGCUUCUGCUUCUUCUUCUGCUUCUUCAAUGAAUGUUUUCCAGUUGGGAAAUUACACGGUAUCCGUAUUUCCCGUCAAUCCUCAGAGCACUGUUAGUCCUCUAACAGUGCCUCUUUUGAUUGGGACGCCAACUGAGGAAGGAGAAUUCCCAAUACUAGUAUUUCUCCAUGGUUUUAUGCUCGAGAAUUCUUUCUAUUCUCAACUAAUACAACACAUUGCUUCUCAUGGUUUCAUUGUCGUGGCCCCUCAGUUAUUCGAAAUAGAUGAAAUGGAGUCGGCAAAAGGAGUAACUGAAUGGUUGUCAAAUGGACUCGGUUCCGUACUGCCUCCAAUGGUUCGACCUAAUCUAUCCAAGGCAGCACUUGGUGGUCACAGUAGAGGUGGCAAGCUUGCAUUUGCUUUAGCUCUAUCUUACACUAGUAACCCUCCUAGUAGCAAUGGUGAUACUUCAUUGAUCAAGUACUCAGCUCUAGUGGGUAUUGAUCCAGUUGAAGGACCCAGGAAAGGUAUGCAAUUGCCUCCAGUCGUUCUAACCUAUGUUCCUCGCUCUUUCGACCUAGAUAUGGCGGCUUUAGUUGUUGGAUCCGGCCUCGGAGAGAAAAGGACCAGUGCACUUAUUCAUGCUUGUGCUCCAAAAGGUGUAAACCAUAAAGAGUAUUUCAAUGAAUGUCAAUCGCCCGCUUAUCAUUUUCUCGUCAAGGAUUACGGACAUAUGGAUACACUCGACGACGUAACUAGAGGGGUUAAAGGGCUCGCUACUUACCGUGCUUGUAAGAGUGGGAAGUCGAGGGAGCCUAUGAGGAGAUUUGUUGGGGGGAUCACUAUUGCUUUUAUGAAAGCAUAUCUUGAAGGUGAUCAUGGUCACUUAAAUGCUAUCAAGGAUGGGAAAGAUAUUAGUCUUCCUGUUGAGCUUGAAACUGUUGAGUUUUUAAAGGACUGAUUCACAGUUGUUGAAUACUAUAUGUUUCCUAGCAAAUAUCAAUCAAAAAGAACAUGUAUCCCAUUUCAAGGAAGUUUAUUUCACGUUUUUUUAAUUUGU